AUGUAUCCUUUCUUGACGAUUUCGAUCAUGGUUAACAAGAUUGGAGGUCUUAGUCGUCCCACGUUUUCCGCUCAGUCGUAUGCAGCCUUUCGCCCAAGUUACCCCCAAGGGCUUUACCAGAGUAUUCUGGCAUAUCACCAGCGCUCUACCCUCUCAGGAUCUCUCUUAGAUCUUGGUUGUGGCCAUGGUCUCAUAGUGCGGGCGUUGAGUCCCCACUUCAAGAACGCACUUGCUAUUGAUCCGUCGGCGGGCAUGGUUGAGCAGGCUCGGCGCACAUCAGAGGAUCCCAAGAUCACCUUCCGCCAGGCUAGCGCAGAGGAUCUGUCUUUUGCUGCUGAUGGAGAGUUUGAUGUGGUGGUGGCUGGCCAAGCUGCACAUUGGUUUGAUUAUAGCAAGGUUUGGCCGAAUCUAGCACGCGUUGUCAAAAAGGGCGGAACCGUUGCUUUCUUUGGAUACAAGGACAAUGUGCUCCUAGGUGCCGAGCAAGCUACUGUGGUCAUGGAGAAAUUUGUGUAUGGCAAAGGCGAGGUUGCACCAGGCUUCGAGGGUAUGGGUCCGUACUGGGAACAGCCAGGACGCAACAUUUUGAGGGACUCGCUGAGGAGCAUAGUUCCGCCCGCCACAAAUUGGACUGAGUUGCAGAGGCUCGAACACGAGCCGGGCGAUAAGGCUACCAUGAGUGAGGAAGUGGCAUGGCAACUGAGGAAGACGAUGACAUUGGGUGAGAUUGAGGCCUAUACAAGGACCUUCAGCUGCUAUAGUAAGUGGCAAGAGGCGUAUCCCGAUAAGAAGUCCAGAAAAGAGGGAGGUGAGGGUGAUGUGAUUGAUGUCAUGUGGGAUCACAUGAUUGACGUGGUGCCUGAAUGGAAGGCGUUAGGUGAUAAAUGGAGGGAGGCCAAGGUUGAAAGUGAUUGGGGCACCUUUUUGUUGUUAGCAAGGCGUAGCUAG